AUGCCCUCUUCCAUCCUUCUGAAAAAUGGGACCGCUCUCCUCCAUGAUGGCAACGACCAUGUCCGUAGCGAGAAAACAGACAUUCUCAUCACUGGGAAUAAGAUUGCCAAAAUCGCCCCAAACAUCAACGUCGCCACCCUGCAAGAUGUCGACACCAUCGACUGCACCGACAAGAUUAUUAGUCCUGGCUUUGUCGAUACACACCACCACCUCUGGCAAACACAACUGAAGGGACGUCACGCGGACGAAUUACUCUUGGACUACAUGGUUACGGGCAACGCCCAAUCCUCCCAAUACACCGACCCCUCCAUCUUCUACGGCCAACUCGCCGGCUGCCUCGAAGCCCUAGCAGCAGGCACGACCUACAUCCUCGACCACGCGCACAUCGACUACUCCCCCACAGCCUCCAAGACCGCCCUCGCCGCCACCAUCUCCUCCGGCAUCCGCUCCACCUUCGCCUACACCCCCAUCUCCCGCGUUGUCUCCUGGACGCCCCUAACCACCUCCCCCACCCCCCUCGAACCCUGGGUCUUCCCCAACCUCACCAACCUCUCCGCCGCGCUCGCCGCCGGCUGGGGCGCCGCCCGCGUGCAACUCGGGCUGGGCUUCGACCUCUUCUUCCUCGGCCCCGCGCUUGUCACCAAGCUCUUCAGCCACGCCAAAGCCCUCGGCGUGACGACCAUCACCUCUCACUACGUCCGCUCCGCCCAGAUGUCCCUCGCCUCCCUACCUGAGACGAUGCGCGCGUUCGGCGUGUUGGACGAGCACAUCGUCCUCUCCCACGCCACCGGCUGCUCCUUAUCGGACGUGGAGCUGAUCACGGCCGCCGGCGCGCACGUCAGCUCUACGCCCGCGACCGAGCUGCAGAUGUCGCUUGGGACGCCGGUCGCGUGGCGCGAGGACAUCCCCGGGAUCCACGACUCGUGCAGUCUAGGGGUGGACUGCCACAGCGCCGUUUCCGGGUCGAUUGUCGAAGCGAUGCGGCUGGGGCUGCAAGCUGCGCGGGGACAGCGGAAUCAGCGGUUUGAGGCAAGGGGAGUGACGCCGACGGGGCUGCAUGAGGCGAUGCGGGUGGAGCGGGCGUUUAACCUGGGGACGAUUAUGGGGGCGAGGGCGGUAAGGAUGGAAGGUAGGAUUGGGAGUUUGGCGGAGGGGAAGCUAGCGGAUGUGGUGGUGUUUGAUGCGCUGAGUCCGGCGAUGGUCGGGGCGGGGCAGCAGGACGCGGUGGUGGCGGUGGUGAUGCAUUCGAGUCCAGCGGAUGUGGAGAUGGUGAUUGUGGAUGGGGUUGUUAGGAAGAGGGAUGGGAAGUUGGUGGAUGUAGUGGUGGAUGAGGUGGCGAGGGAUGUUGUAGGGAGGGAAAAGCUGGGGUGGGGAGACGUCGCGAAAGAGAUUGUGAGGUCCAGGGAGGAGAUUCAGGGGAAGAUUGAGAAGAUUGAUUUUGUGGAUAGUAAGGAGAGGUUGGUGAAGUCGUUUCAUGUGGACCAGAGUAAGGUAGUUGACGAUGUUUGAGGGAUGGGAGAUGGGGGUUCGUAAUGUGAUGGGAUGUGGACUAAUUGAAACAAGUGCACGAGGCUGGGCUAUGUCUUACAAUGCCUCGUCAUAGAAAUUCGUACACUCGUUUACCGCUGCAUGAAGAGCUUCAGAGUAUUUUCGGCAUUCUAGAUAAGAAAGAAACUCGGCAUUUUCAACAACUAGCAAACUCGCGAGACUACCCCAGACAUGCCAAC